GAGAGAAAUAUCCAACCGUCGACGUCGAGGCUACUUAAGGGACAUCGCGUGCAUCAUUUCCUGUAAUAAUCAAUUCGCAUAUCUGACCUUCUUGGGGAAAGAGCCUUUCGUCACAACGGAUCCUUGAAUCGACCAAUGAUUCACGUCAAGAAUGAACCUAAAAGGCCAUCGAACUUCUUGAGCACCCUUGGCAACAACACAGCCUCAUAAUUCUUACAUUACACACGGCAGUGAAUGCACGUAUCUACACCCUUUUGCCCUCUCUGCUUUUUAAGGGGGAAUCCAUCGUCACUUUCCCUCGCAACCUGAUGGGACUCUUUCACCAUGAAUUCAAUCAUGAGAUCUCGAAAUAAUGGAAAGAUAUCCAUAGCCGUCAUCCUUUCAUACGUAUUGGAUUGGGUGAUUUGUAUUGUUGCUGCAGCGCUCGGUGCUGUGUUCAACUACCAGACGCCCAAUAAACGACCCUUUUCACUCGUCGAUCCAGACAUCAGUUUUCCACAUCAAAAUCAUGAAAAAGUUCCCACCUCUCUCCUUGCCGUUCUGGCUUUUGUCAUACCUGCACUCGUCAUUCUCCUCAUCACUUUGACUCUCGUCCCAGGUCCAACGGUCCCCAAAUCUGUACCCAAAGCUUUGAUUUGGAAACGGAAGUUAUGGGAGUUGCACGCUUCUUGGCUCGGACUUGCAUUAUCCCUCGCCUUGGCAUUCGUCAUCACGAGUGGAAUGAAGAAUCUUUUUGGUCGACCUCGUCCAGAUUUGAUCUCGAGAUGUAUUCCCGAUAUGGAAAAUAUUGCAAAGUGGGCGGUUGGUGGUGGUGAUAGACCAGAGGGAAUUGUUUUGGUUCAGGCGGGCAUCUGUCAACAAACAGACAGUGAAACUCUCAAUGAUGGAUUUAGAUCUUACCCCUCUGGCCAUUCGUCCUUUUCAUCCGCGGGACUGGUCUACCUCAGUCUCUUCCUAGCAUCCAAACUCGCCUUGACAGUCCCGUACCUUGCACCUCAAGCCUAUACCGCCGACACCUCACUCACUCACUCUGCAUUUCCAUCCCGCAAUUCUCCAAGUCAUCAACGUAAUGAUUCUGAAGCUUCCGCCAAGAAUAUGGAUACAUCAGCUCUCACAUCAGGUCACAACGAUAAGUUAAUAGCCUCGCGGAACCAAGCUGCAGCUCCUCCCCUCUAUCUCCUCCUCAUAACUGUCAUCCCUACCUUUUUAUCUGUCUACAUUUGUUCAACCCGCUUUUCCGAUUUCCGUCAUCACGCUUUCGAUAUUCUCUUUGGGUUUUUCCUCGGCGUCCUCACGGCCAUCUUCUCAUUCCGCUUCUACCAUCUCCCUCUCUCCCAGGGCGCAGGCUGGUCAUGGGGACCCCGAAGUGCCGACCGUGCGUUCUGGGCCGGUGUGGGAGUCGGUAGCUAUGCAAGCAAUGCGAAUAGCCCCGUCGGCGGACUCCAUCAUCAUGAUCAUCGCCAAUCUACAAGUUAUGAGAGUCACAUGACUCGACCCGGAGAUUUGGAAGAGGCACGCAUCGAUAGUGUGCAUGGCCAUAAUAGAAAUGUGAGCAACUUUGAAGUAGGGAAUAAUCCGAAUUUGAAUUUGAAUCCUAACGUAACGACGGUGUAAUUUUUGAAGGGUUAUUGCGUUGGGUGUGUGUUAACCAUUGCUUUUUUUUGUAGGAUAAUAUCGAACUUUUACCUAGGGCUGCGCAGGCGACAGUGGUGUAACUGAGGGCGUUUCUUUUGAGGGAAGACAUGAUGAUUUGAAUUUUUCGAAUUAUUUUUUUUAAUUAUAUUUUUUUUUUCAAAAAAAAAAAAAUGAAACCUUUAGAAUUGCACACGGGGCGAUAUCGGUGUAUAUUAUUUUAGGGUGCAAAUUUCGGCAUGAUAUUUUUAUUCGAGCACAGAGCAGGGUGUUUAGGAUUCUUGAGGGAAAAUUUAAAGUCUUUCGUCUGUUACUAUGAGGGAAGUUGUUUGUAUGACACGGUGUAUUGUAUACCAUCAUGUGUGUCUAUCUGUACGGAUACCGCGACUUCCCUUCUUGCCACUUGGCUUGAUAGGAUUCUAAUUUCUCAAAUCUAGAGACAAAGUCGAUUAUGAAAUUUAAGACUGCGAUUCUGUUCUGUUAUUUUGUGUUCAUAUCAAUCUUUCAAUGGGACCUAGUUAAGGUAGUAUUCAAAUGGGGCAAAGAAAAUAUUCAUGAGGAAAUUCCCCCUCGUUUUGUUUUUUGGCCA